CCCUGCACAGUCUGGAAACGUCUCUCCGGACCUUGCGCCAUGGCUUCAACCAAGCUUUUUAUUGGAGCUCCCUUCGGGGUGCAGUCAGCAAGGUUUGAUGUGGCCGCCGUUAUUACGCACCCAAAGAAGCCAACCCCCACCUUCCCUCAGGUGUUGUACUCCAAGCGCUAUCUGUCAAGCCGGGCCCAUAUGGGACCUGGAAUGUACCGCUUCAGUGAUGGAUGCUUCGAUGAGGAAGAGGUGAAGAAAGCCAUUGGAACUGGAUGGGCCAAGGCUCAGGAGGCCACCAGGUUGACCCAGUUGCCUCACUUCCAGUAUAAGUCUAUCAUCAAAGAAAAGAAAUUCUUUGGAGAAAAGAUCGGUCCAGGAUCCUACAAUUACAAAGACUUCAUCGAAUUGGCCCAGGAAAAACCAAGCAGCAACGUGGGCAUGCUCAGCUCGGGGGGAGUGCGCUUCUCAAAGAUGGCUGGGAAUUAUUUUCCUGGGCCUGGGAAUUAUGGGAAAGGAGGGAACCCCUACACAGAGCUGGAGGAGAAAGCCUGGGAUCGAUCACACACCAAAGGAAUUAUGUGCACCAAGGCUAAGAAGGCCUUUGAACUCUCUACUGAGGGCAGCGGCUUAUCCCCGGGCACCUACACCUUCAAAAGCGGAAUGGAAGAACUACUGACCAAGACCAUCAGCAAGCGCGGGCCUUAUGAUGUUUUCUCUGGUGACCGGUCCAUGCCUAUCGCUUAUGGGCAUUAUGCCACCCAGAAAAAAAAGCCAUUUGAGCUGUUCUCAUUCAAGAGCUUUGUGGACGAGCUGAAUUCAGAUGCCAGGAAGAAACAUGGAGUCUUUGGAAAGCUGUCGCGGAACCCAGCCGUGCCCACUGAGAGGAUAUUCUGUUCUACUCUCAGCCAGUGGCCCAUCAAGCAGUGUAACCUGGGCCCAGGCUCCUACAACCCUAAACCUGUGCCGGGUUAUGAGUUAAGCAACCAGCAUCCAUUUGGAUCUUCUUCUAAGAGGGUAGACCUGAAAUCCUACCAGAACUUUGUUGGAAAUACGAACCCUGUGGGUGUUGGACGGUACAACAGCACAAAACAUGAGGCAAGAGACAGACAGCAACGGUACCGGUCACUCUAUCUGUCCAAACCUGACCGCUAUCCGUGUGAAGACUACACGAAAGAGUCAAUCCUACAGCAGCGACUCAUCCCCUUUAACAAAGGGAAGAAUUAUCAGCCUUUUGAUCACAGUUCUGACCCCCCUCCCUCGAGUUCCUCACAAAGAUGUAUAAGAUCAAGGCACGAGCCACGCUCUCCAGAGACGCCUGGUCAUUCAAAGAAUGUUCGGGGGACUGUGUGGGUGUUAGACUUGCUGGGCAGCGGCAGUUGUGCCACUGAUUCACUUGUCAAAGAUCCUGAAAAGAUUAUGGUGAAAGAACUGGAGAAAGCCGUACGUUUGGUGUGGCCACUUGGUGGCACCAUCAUGCAGAGUGACAGGGCCUGGAGUUGA